AGGUUUAUAUUCGCUGAGGGUCAGCUGACGCUCUGCAUUGCAGACUGCGGAGUCAGGAGGCGCCAUGUACUCCUUCUUGGUUCUGGCCAGCCUCCUGGGCGCGGCUCUCGCCAGCCCCGUCCUGGGCCUGAGAGAAUGUACCCGAGGCUCGGCCGUGUGGUGCCAGAACGUGAAGACGGCGUCUGACUGCGGAGCCGUGCAGCACUGCCGGCAGACCGUCUGGAACAAGCCGACCGUGAAAUCCCUUCCCUGCGACAUAUGCAAAGACGUCAUCACUGCAGCCGGUGACAUGCUGAAAGACAACGCCACUGAGCAGGAGAUCCUUGUGUACUUGGAGAGGACCUGUGAGUGGCUGCCUAAGCCAAACAUGUCUGCCUCCUGCAAGGAGAUCGUCGACUCCUACCUCCCGGUCAUCCUGGACAUGAUUAAAGGACAAAUGAGCCAUCCCGGGGAGGUGUGCUCCGCUCUCAACCUCUGUGAGUCUCUUCAGAAGCACCUGGCAGAGCGGAAUCACCAGAACCAGCUCGAGUCCAAUCAGAUCCCGGACCUGGAUAUGGCUGAGGUGGUGGCUCCCUUCAUGGCCAACGUGCCCCUCCUCCUCUACCCUCAGGAUGGGCCCCACAGCAAGCCCCAGCACAAGGCUGAUGGGGACGUUUGCCAGGACUGCAUUCAGAUGGUGACCGACGUGCAGAAUGCUGUGAGGACCAACUCCAGCUUUGUCGAGGCCUUGGUGGACCACGCCAGGGAGGAGUGCGACCGUCUGGGGCCUGGCAUGGCCGACAUGUGCAAGAACUAUAUCAACCAGUAUUCGGAAAUUGCUAUCCAAAUGGUGAUGCAUAUGCAGGAUCAGCAACCCAAGGAGAUUUGUGGGCUGGUUGGGUUCUGUGACGAGGUGAAGGAGAUGCCCAUGAAGACUCUGGUACCUGCCAAGGUGGUCUCGGAGAACGUCAUCCCUGCCCUGGAGCUGGUGGAGCCCAUAAAGAAGGAUCCGGUCCCGGCGAAGGCUGAUAUUUACUGUGAGGUGUGCGAGUACGUGGUGAAGGAGGUGGUCAAGCUGAUUGACAACAACAGGACCGAGGAAGAAAUAAUUCACGCUUUGGACAGCGUGUGCUCGAAGCUGCCCACGUCCUUAUCCGAGGAGUGCCAGGAGGUGGUGGACACUUACGGCAGCUCCAUCCUGUCGAUCCUCCUGCAGGAGGCGAGCCCUGAGCUGGUGUGCAGCAUGCUCCAUCUCUGCUCCAGCCGGGGGCUGCCUGCACUGACCGUACACGUGACGCCGCGGAAGGACGGUGGCUUCUGUGAGGUGUGCAAGAAGCUGGUGACCUAUUUGGAGCACAACCUGGAGAAGAACAGCACAAAGGAGGAGGUCCUUGCUGCCUUCGAGAAAGGCUGCAGCUUCUUGCCUGAACCGUACCAGAAGCAGUGUGAUCAGUUUGUGACGGAGUACGAGCCCGUGCUGAUAGAAAUCCUGGUGGACGUGCUCGACCCUUCCUUUGUGUGCCUGAAAAUUGGAGCCUGUCCCUCAGCCCGUAAGCCUCUUUUGGGAACUGAGAAGUGUGUCUGGGGCCCGAGCUACUGGUGCCAGAACAUGGAGUCGGCAGCCCUGUGCAACGCUGUCGAGCAUUGCAAGCGUCACGUGUGGAACUAG